GAUCAAGUCCUUAAUGUCCUCACUCCGUUGCUUUUUAUAUUGAACAGAGAUCAAGUGGAUCAAGCUUUGGUAGAUGUGCUGCCAUGCUUAUAAUUCCAGUUUAACUAGCAAAAUUGACUUCUAGCACAGGUGUAUAGACUUGAGAAAGAAAGCCACCACUCUUACUUAAAGUAUAGCUUAUCGAACCCAGGUCCCAAAUCUUUAUCCUUGGCUCAGAGGAGGCGUCCUGAAGAGGAGUCUUAGUGGAAGGGGGGGUCACAAGCAUAUAAAAAGAAAAGAAACAUCAAAAGAAGAAAUAGGUUCAGGGGGAGUUUUAUAAAGGAGUUACCCGUCAUGGCUGGAAUUUCCUUUCCAGGAUUUGGUUUGCUGUUUCUGUUAAUGAUUUUGGAAAGUCAUGUGAAAGCAGAAUGGAUUAUUCCACCGGUUGAAGUUAGAGAAAAUGAAGACUACUCCAGCAAAAACCCAAUUGCCAAAAUUCGAUCUGAUGCACCAGGUGUAGUUAAAUAUGAAAUUGUUGGUGAAGGAGCUGAUCAGAAACCUUAUCACUUAUUUACUAUUAAUCCAGACAAUGGUGAAAUUAGCAUCAGAGCAACUGUUGACAGAGAAGAAAAGGCUAUCUACAAACUGAAAGGACGUGCUUAUAACUCUGCAGGAAAACAAGUGGAAAAUGAUAUUGACCUGAAGAUUAAAAUUAAAGAUGUUAAUGAUAACGGCCCGAUGUUCACGCAGAAAACAUUUUCUGGCAGCGUUUAUGAACUGAGUGAGAGAGAUACUUUUGUAAUGCAAAUUAAUGCAACUGACGCAGAUGAGCCAAACUCAAGAAAUUCACUCAUUGCUUACAAAAUACUUGAACAGAGCCCUGCAGAUAUGUUUUCUGUUGAAAGCAGCACUGGCAGAAUUAUGGUAGCAGAGUCUACCCUUGACAGAGAGAAACAGUCAAAGUAUACUCUUACGGUACAAGCCAAAGAUUUGGAUGGAGAAUCGGGUGGUCUGGCUAACACAGUACAAGUUGACAUUAAAAUUAAAGAUGUCAAUGAUAAUGCCCCAACACUGGAGAUGGAGUCUUAUGAAGGUAGUGUUGUUGAAAAUACAAAAGGCGUGGAAGUAAUGAGAAUGAAAGCCCUUGAUGCAGAUGAAGAAUUUUCAGACAACUGGCUUGCUGAAUUCGAAAUUGAAUCAGGCAAUGAAGGGGGUUACUUCAGGAUUGAGACAGAUCCUAAGACUAAUGAAGGGAUUUUAAUUCUACAAAAGGAAAUUGACUAUGAAGAAAUACAGAGCCUUGCCCUCACUGUUGUUGUCAGAAACAAAGUAGCUUUCCAUAUUUCAACAACAUCCUCAUCAUAUUCUUUCAUUCAAAAACAUUUUCUAGUUAAAAUCAAUGUGAAAAAUGAGCCUGAAGGUCCUAAGUUUUCCCCAAAGGUAAAGGUAAUUCCCAUUUCUGAGGAGACAUCAAAAGUGGUUCUUUCAAAAGUAAUUGCAAAGUAUCCAGCCAUUGAUGCAGACUCUGGAAAAAUUGCUGAGAGAGUCAAGUAUGUAAAGAAAUAUGAUCUUGAUAAUUGGCUGAUAAUUGAUCCAAAGACUGGAGAUAUUAAACUUGCAAAAGUACCAGACCGUGAAUCAAAAUUUUUAGUUAAUGGCACAUACACUGCAGAAAUAUUGGCCAUUACAGAUGAUUUACCUGCAAAAACCGCCACUGGUACUGUUGCAAUCCAGGUAGAAGACUUCAAUGAUCACUGUCCAACUCUUACAAGUACCUCUACAGCCAUGUGUUCCGAUGACAAAUCAGUGAUAGUCACAGCUGUAGAUGAAGAUGCGGAUCCCAAUAGUGUCCCCUUCAAAUACAAGAUUGUUGAUGAACCUGAGGGUACAGCGCAGAAAUGGAAAGUUGAACCUCUCAAUGGAACUAGCAUGAUACUCAGACCCAUGGAAACCUUUUGGCCUGGUCAAUAUGGUGUACCCCUUUUAAUAUAUGAUCAGCAGGGGAAAUCCUGUAGUGACAAACAGGUUCUAAAUAUUGCUGUCUGUACCUGUAAUAAUACCGGGGCCUGUGCACAGUCUGACAGAUUUCAAUUAACUGGAGCUAGACUUGGCGCUGCGGCUAUUGGUCUUAUGAUUCUAGGACUCUUACUGCUACUACUUGUGCCUCUUCUGCUGCUAUUUUGUUCAUGUGGAGCUGGAGCGAAAUGUGAUUUUGUGCCAAUUACUGAUGGUUCAGCAGGACAUUUGAUUUUUUAUGACAUAGAACAAAAGGGUGAAGAUAAGGCAGUUCCAGCUCUUCUAUCACCAAUACGCAAGGACUUCACUGGAAGCAAUGGCAGUGGCAUGAAGACACCAGGAUUUAGAGAAUCUCCUAUGAUGCCAGGACAUAACUCAAUAGGAUAUGGGUCUGGUUGUGAAGCAGACUGGGGGCACUCUAAGGGAUGGAGUGUAGGUGCCUUUGAGGGUAUAGCGCUACAUGAGACUUACUUGGAACAGUACUAUAUGGAGAAGGCUAAAUAUGUUUUAACGGAAGGUCAUUUACAAAAAGAUGCCAUGUUGGUGUAUGAUUACGAAGGCCAGGAGUCCCCUGUGGGUUCGAUAGGAUCUUGUAGCUUUAUUGAAGAAGAUCUGGACCAAAGCUUCCUAAAUGAACUAGGACCAAAGUUUAAGACUCUUGCUGAACUCUGCAGGGGCACAGAGAUGACUUCAGGAGUUUCAGUUAAGCAGCCUAGUGUUGCUGUUCAGCACACCACCAUGUCCACUAACUCAGCCAUCACCAAUAAUUGUGUGGUGACCAACAAAACCAAUGAGGUGAUCAGCCCAGUUCCAGCACUCCAGGUCCAAAAGAAUGUGGUUGUUACAGAAAACAUGCCUCCUCCUCUUCUUCCUCAGCAAGUCGUAUAUCUCCAGAAAAAUGUAGUUGUUUCUGACCCUGGCUAUGUUCAACAGCCUGUAUACUAUGCCACUAACCCAGUCAUUCAGACCACUCGAUACAUUGUUGAGCCACAGAUCCAAAGGAAUGUUGUGAUAGAAAGGUCUUCUGUCCCUGGCUUGCAAGGUCAUCUUCUAAUGAGUGACAUUCCAAGCACUCAGAAUGUGAUGGUGACCCAGAAGAGAUUGGUGCAUGGCUCAGAUAUUCAGGGUGGCAUGGUGGUGGGAUUAGAUCAGGGUACUCUGCGUAUGAGUGAAAUGCCUGGUUCACAGACUGUAACCGUAACAGAGAAGAGAGUGGUAUCUGAUUCCAGUAUGCAGGGUGGAAAGAUGGGGUUUGGUCAGGGUACUCUGCGCAUGAAUGUAAUGCCAGGCUCACAGAAUGUAACGGUAACAGAGAAGAGAGUGGUAUCUGCAAGUAGUGUGCAGGGUGGUUUAAUAGGAUGAAAUAAGAUGCACUUGGCAUAUAUAGAGGGUCAUUUAAAAAACAUGUAUAUACACACACAGUUGUAAUCAAAAGUUUACAUACCUCAAUGUAAAUUUAUAAUUUCUAGACAUUUCUCAAACUAAUACCUUUGAAUUUGCAUUUUUAGAGUUUUGCUUAAAAAAUUGCUGAAAUAAAUCAUCUAUUUCUAGUAACUUUUUUCCUCAUCCACAAAAGCAAAACUUUUGCUACAAAAGAUUUUUCCUAAAAUUCUGAAUUUCCAUUG